ACUAUAUUUUUGCAUAGUCUUUAUCAUCUUAUUAAAUUUCAUCGGACAUAUUUGCCUAGCAAUCAAUAGUAGUUUCAUCUAAAAUGAGUGAAAACAAAAUAACUAUAAAAGUUAAGUUGAGUGGUGAAGAUUAUCAUGACAUUGUUAUUGACUGGACGGAUGAAACCUGUGAAUACCAUCAACAACUAUAUAAACAGCUUGCGGCCUACACCGGAAUACCUAUUUUUUAUAUAAGAAACAGCUACAUUAGCAAGAAUAAUUUCACUAUGCCUUUUUGGCUGGAAAAUACAGAUUACUCAUGGAGAUUCACCAGACCUCCAACCGUUUUUGAUAAAAACGAAAGAAAUACAGAAAAAUGUAGAAGUCAAUUUAAUGAUGGCGAUUGCUUUACUCUUCGUAUUUGUGUACGUAUCUGUGGAGAUCAAGAUCAGCUUUUUGAUUUUGCUGUUGACCUAAUUGGUUCAAACGAUUCCCAUGGUAAUGAAUGUAGUGUAUUAUGGUGUCAACACACAAAUACCAGAGCUGUCUUGGACAAGAUGAUAAGAAUAGUUACAAACUUGGAAUUACAAAAGAAAAUCAAAGCUCAACUUCCUGUCCAAUUUACUUCAGCUAGCGAUGAAUACAAGCAACUGCUGACCGGUUACAAUAUAAGACAACACUUAUAUGCACCUUGUGUUUGCGUCGCGGGCCCUCUAGAGUGUCGUCUUUAUUUACCCCAUCGUGGUUAAUGAAUGUUGAUUUGGCGGACAAGAUUUUUUCUUCAUUUUCCAUCGCUAUCAAUGGGUUUUCCUAUUUUCAGAUAAAAAAUUUUGUAAUCUUCACUUUUAUUUUGACUUUUUUUCGUCCGACCUUAUUGCAACCAAUCAAAUGAUUUUUUUGUACAAAAAAAAUCCAAUCCAAUUUUCCAGUCGAUAAAAUCAGGUCCAAUGGUGAACCAAUUCUUUGUGAGACUUUAGAACAAAACAAAUUGCCAAGUUAAUUGACCCUGGGAGUGAUGAAGACACAACACGAAGGCUACAUUCAAAGGUAAAGGGUCAAAACAGCGAAAGCAAAAUAGGGUAAAAAUAAGCAGCUAAAUAAUUAAACUGAUUAAAGUUUUAUUUUUAUAGUUAAACACAAUGCUUUGAUUGUCAUAAACUGAGUUGGCUGAACUAUUUCAUUUAGUUUGCAAUUUUUACGAUUCUUUCAUUCAAAUCUAUAUCAGUCAAAUCGUUUCCUGAAUCAUGGCUAAUUACGAAUUGGUCAAAAAACGACAAUGAAAAUUUUUGCUUUUAUACAGCACUAUGUGUAUCGAUAUUUUUCGCGGAUUUGACUUUCUCUAUUUUGCUUUCGCUAUUUUGUCCUUCUCGGUUUUGAGCGCAAACCUGAUCUGUUUUGGUUGAUCUGAUGGUCAAUCUAUGAAUAAUAAAAUGAUUGAGCUUGGAUUAGGGUAUUAAUUUUCAGGGUCGAAUCACAAGACACACCGAAUUGUUCAGACAUUUCAUUUCAUGGCUAUUGGAAAAUCUAGAAAUUCACACU